CCGGGACUGUGAUUCCUUAGCCAUGUCACAUGACAAGGGCUGGGGUCUUGCUCCUGCUCCCGUUUUCUUUGCAGGGCCGCUGCUGGUUCGGGCCGUCGGCUCUCCGCGGCUUCUGUUCCUAGCCCAGCCAGGCUGGAACCAGCUUCCUGCGACGCUCCAAACGCCAAGUCCUGAGCCGGAGACUAAAGGAUUUCCAAUUAUCAAACCAGAGAUGAUCUCCCGCAUGGAACAGAAGGAAGAGCCGUUAAUCCCCUCUCUCCAGGGCUACGAGGAAACAGUGAUACCAAAUGGCACAGGUGAUGGGAUUGUGAGUGAGAAUGGGGAGGAGAAUCUGCACCAGGACAGUCAUGAGUCAGUGGAAUCACGUGACACAUUAUCAGAAGCAUCCCAAAGGAAUAUUUCCCAGAGUCCUGAGCAGGAUAAAGCCUGUGAGGGUCAGCACAGAUCAGAAAGGCAUCAAAGAACUCCUCCAGGGAAGAGACGAUGUAAAUCAACCGCAUGUGAAAUAGGUUUUAGGAAACUGCCAGACAUUAUCCAGCUGGGAAAUCCCAAAAUGGAGAAACCAGUAAUAUGUAAUGACUGUGGGAAAAGCUUCCGGCUGAGAUCAAACCUCAGACAGCAUCAAAGGAUUCACACCGGAGAGAAACCCUUUGGAUGUGCCGAGUGUGGGGAAAGUUUCCGGCAGCGCUCGCACCUUAUUCAGCAUAAGACAAAGCACACGGGGGACAGACCCUAUGAAUGUACCGAGUGUGGGAAAAGCUUCAGUAUGAGCUCAAAACUCAUUCGGCAUCAGAUAAUCCACACAGGAGAAAAACCCUAUAAAUGUGGUGAGUGUGGCAAGAGUUUCAUUGGGAACUCACAGCUUAUCCUGCACCAGAGAGUGCACACAGGUGAGAGACCCUACAAAUGUGGUGAUUGUGGGAAGAGCUUCAGUGUGAGCUCAGCUCUUACUCAACAUUAGAGAACGCACACUGGAGAGAAACCUUAUGAAUGUGCCGAGUGUGGGGAAAGCUUCCGGCAGCGCUCGCACCUUAUUCAGCAUCAGAGAAUCCAUACGGGUGAGAGACCUUAUGAGUGUUCCAAGUGUGGGAAGAGUUUCAGUGUGAGCUCUGCCCUCAUUCAGCAUCAGAGAUUCCACACAGGGGAAAGACCUUAUGAAUGUGCUGAGUGUGGGAAAAGCUUCACAGUGAGCUCACACCUCAUUCAGCACCAGAGAGUCCACACAGGGGAAAAGCCCUACGAAUGUGCUGACUGUGGGAAAGGCUUCCUUUGGAGAUCAGCCCUUCUUCGACAUCAGAGAAUCCACACAGGACAGAAGCCCUAUGAGUGUACUGAGUGCGGGGAAAGCUUCCGUCAGAGCGCACACCUUAUUCAGCAUCAGAGAAUCCACACUGGGGAGAAACCCUAUGAAUGUGCCAACUGUGGGAAGGGCUUCACUGUGAGCUCUGCCCUCAUUCGACAUCAGAGAAUCCACAUGGGAGGGAAACCCUAAAAAUGGGCUGAAAGCUUCAUGUCAGAUAUCCCUCCAGAGUCUCCCAAUAGCUAGUAGCCAGGCAUGUUUCUUGCUUUGAUUCCAUAAGGCUCUUCUCUUUUCACAGAGAAUGAAAAAUGCCUUGUUGAGGAUGGUCAAGUUAAACAAAGAGGAAAUGUUGGUGCAGGGAGAUGAGUCAUGCAGGGGCCUGAGGUGUGGAGAGGAAUGUAUGGUGGGAGCCAGAGCCAGAGACCAGGAGGCGCUGUGGGCAGCGGGAGGAUGGAGCAUUUGGAGAGAAAAGAGAAGCUGUUAGUAUAAUUGGAGAGAAGUACCCCAUGAGAACCAGGGCUGGAACUAACAAGGACUGUGCCAGGGGAAAGGACUGGUCCCAGCAUCAUUGGUUCCCCAUGUGGAGAAGCAGGAAGGGGUAGCGAUCCGAGGGCUUGAUGAGUCUCGGCAGUCUCUCCGUCAUAUCAUGAAUCCUAGCUCCAGACAAGCAGCACCCUUCUCUGUUUUCCUGGUCAGGAUGGCAGAUAGAUGACUCAGUCCCCAUUAGGAUCUUGGGAUCUUGGUAGGAUUUAUCAAAUGAAGAUCUCAAUCCCUUUUGUUUCAAUGACUGAAUUCCCAGAUUUUUGGUCAUCUGUUAUAAAUUUCAACUUUGCCAGUAUUCCAAGACUAUUUCCAAAUAGUUUUGGUGGAAGCAGGUGCUAUUCCUGUACACAGAUGCUCAGAUUUCCUCCCAAUAAAUGCUGCCAUAUUGUCAAUGACAGACAGUAUAUAAGUAUUGCCUUCAGAGGUGAAAGUAAGCUGGUCCAGGAUGGUACGGUUUACUGGCAAGAGCCAAUACACAGCUGACCAUACUGGCAGGGGGCAGCUUCCCCAGGCGGGCAAUUUAAAAGGGUCCUGGGCUCCCAGCAGU